AUGCAUUUAUGCAUGUGUGUUUACAUUGUGUGUGUCACAAGUGGGAUUCACCGCUCUCGCUUUUCAAGCAUUCGGGGGAGGAGUGAAGGACAAGGCGACAAGAGUCUAAAGAUAUAUAUAUUUAUAUAUAUUUAUAUACUUUUGUAUAUUUCUAGUGGUGCCACCGCCACCGUUGCUUUGAGUUUUUUUGGUCUCUUCUAUUUGGGUUACACACUACACCAAGAGAUGAGUGCGGGUCAAUCCGUGGUGGGAUGCGGCGAUGUGUCCACCGCCGAUACACACGGCCCCGGGACGAGCAGCAAAUUUCUACCGUCGCCGCUUUACGGGACGCGGGCGGAGGUCUCCGCGACAGACGGGGGAGCGUCGCCGUUGAUUAAACCGCCGUUGUAUGCGACGAACACGUCGGGGGGCGGCCCGAUGACGGCUAAGACGGGCAUGGAUGAAUCCACAGGCUUUGCACACGACGCGGAGGAGGGGGAGACAACAGCCCGGAAUCCUGCACGGGCAUCGUCCAUCGCCGCAUCGCCGCAGUCACUUUGUGCCGACGAAGAGGAUGUCUCGGAUCGCAAUGCCGCCGCCAUGGAGGAGAGUUACUUUAGGCGCUCCGCGGCAAUGUCGAGGGUUCAGAGCGGCGCCGUCAACGCCCCCGUGCAGUUUGAGGGCAGUUUCCUGAGACAGACAGUCAUGUUGGGUCAAAGCACACAAGGGCGGGCAAACACCAUGUCGCCAUCUGUUAUCGUUUCCCGCUCUUUGCCUCAGCUCGCAGGCAACGCCAAUUGUGGUGACGGUGGUGCCCAAGAGAUCUGCGAGGAGUGUGCAGACGGGCCGAGCAUAACGGUUUCCCUGGCGAAUUCCACCAACGACGGCGUUGGCCCGUGGAAGCGGGUACAACUUGUGUCGUUCUCUGGGCCCGGCAUCGCUGGUGCGAGCCCGAUGCUGACGAUCCCUGUUGAAUUGGCAUCGGACGCAGAGUCGCCAAACAAACAGCGUGCCAACCCACCGCGGCACCGCUCGAUCAAAGACCCUGCCGCACCAAUUGGGAUGCACAACUCACAGCAGACUGCGGCGAGUUCCAUAAGCUUCAGCGACAGAACGCCACAGCGUGAGGGAAGUCCCUCGCGGCCCCCAUCUUCAGCCUGUUCGACGAUGGACAUGUCACGACAGUUGAAUAUCUCCGGGAUGUCCGGAAGCAUGUCUUUUCGUCCACCGGUUGGAGGCGUCAGCCUCGCUGAUUUACCGAAGGGUUCUCCGUUGGUAUUUGACAGCUCUAUGAAUUCCGUAACGCCGACUCGUGGAACACCGGUUUUAUCCACAACAGUGCAGCAACCGAAGCCAUGCCCAGUUAACCGUACCACAUCUGCGGCCGUCCCUCAAUUUGUCACCACUUUCUGUGGAAGGAGUUCCGGUCUUGCCACUGGCAAUGGUCUACCACUCUCACGUGGUGUGAUGGGAGGAAGUGGUGGUAAUCCACUGCUUUCCUCUGCGAUGGGCCACAUCUUUACCGAUCCACACGAGUUGCCGACCGCGCCGAAAUCUCAAAAGCCACCUACGGCCCCAAUGUCUGAUUCGGAUGUCUUUCGGCCGUGGUUACCGCUUGGUCUUGAGCAAGACGUGGCUGCAGCUGAGGUGACAGGAUGGACGCCGCUGGGAAAUGGCUCUGAAAUGCCUGAACAGAGUUGUAAUGGCCCCAUUCUUGCCGGCAACAUCGUGAAUGAUAGGAAUAAUGAUGGGGACGACGACAAUGGCUAUGGGAAGAAAAGCAUGUCUCCUGCCCGCCCUGAGGCCGUUGGCUCUGGCUUCAGUGUCAACGAGGACGAUGGGAACCCGUUUUUUGGCGCCACUUCCACGACAUUGAUGGAGGCGACGCUGCUGGAGAUGAAUUUGCAGGAUGGGUCCAUUUCGGUGUCGGUGCGACCCCCACCCAGCAACCAGGCGGCGAAGGGCGCUGAGGAUGACCGGCAGGGGAAAAAUUCACAAGAAGCCCGGGAAAACAGGGUGGUCGAGCCGACGACAUGUAAAGACAAGGUUGGUCAAUCGACGAGGGGGAGGCGCCAGCCUUCCCUGCGAAACCAAUCCGAGUCCCAGAUGAACAAAGAGACUCACGGCGUGGUGAAGCCAGACACGACGGUUGCGGGCACCACACCAGCGGUGCUAUCAACAGAGGAACCCACGCCAACGCGGCAUGAGUGA